AUGGAGGGAAAUGAAUCUCCUUCAGUUGAGACACAUGUCACUGAAAUGCAGGAAACACCUGACCGCAAUCAAGACAUAGAAGAAGAACUUCCGAAUGCUGUCUCUUCAGAAGUAGUACGUCAUGAGAAGAUAAGAGAAAACGAACAAAGUUCUAACGUAGUUGAAGAUGAAAAUAUCAUUUCCUCAGUGGAGAGUAUUCAGCAUACUAAUGAACACAGUGCAGACAACAUUUGUUUAUCUACAUUCGUCAGUGAAAAUAAUGCUUCAGAGAUGCUAAUACAAAAUUCAGAAGAACAACUAAGCCAUUCUAGAGAUGAUGAUGUCGCGUAUAUACAAGAAGCAGUGAUACCAACAACUACUCAUGCUGAUUUCAUUUAUAACAAAGAAUCCGAAGAACAAAUCAUUCCGAUUGGCAGAGAACAGCAAUCGAUACAGGAAAUAUUCGAAGAAAAUAUUCCUGACAACAGUGCAGUAUUACUUGCCACUGACCAUUAUGUAAAUGAUCAGUUACUAACGGCUGAGCUUCUUGAAGAUAGUCCAGAAUCCUUUAAGCUAACUGCACACAUUCAGAAUAAUGAAGAAUUUUACAAUCAAUUACCUGAAGAAUUUUUAACAGAUGAAAAUAAUGAACAGCAAUAUGAAUCUAUUAAUGAAAGUGUCCAAGAAAAAGUUUUAUUGAAUACAACUGUCGAACCAAAUUAUGCAAUAGUAAAUGGUGACCACGGCAGCAAAACUCCUAUUAGUAUUGAGGAGUCUUUUAAUAAAUUGGAGGCAGCUGCACCAUUGAAUGGAACAGAAGUGAAAGCAAAAAUUACAAAACAAACCACUGAUAUUGAUGAAAUCAGUUUAAAUUCAGAAGGGGAUCAGAGAACAGAAUUUGAACGGCGUUAUGCUGAACUUAUCGCUAAAUAUUUACCGUUUGACAGACAAACGAAAUUAGACAGUCGAUCAAGACGAACUAAAACACUAGAUAGGUUCAAUAAAUCUAAAAUCAAUGAAAACAGAUACUCGUAUAUAGAUACAACAAGAGAUGCUAAGAAAAGAGCUGUUACCCUGGAGCGAAAUGAAUUCAAACGUAAACGGCGUCUGCAGCCAAAACCAUCAGUUAAUGAUGAUUAUCUAUAUCCUGACUCUGUAACACCAUCUAAAGUGGAUCAGAGUAUAAGUGUUCGAAGUUUAGAAGGAGGCAUGCCUGAAGGCACUUAUGACGUUCCAUAUAUUGAUGAUGAUGCUUUCUUACCUAGAAAAUUACGUGAACAUAAAGAUGAAGAGAAUGGAUCAGAUGAGGGUAGUAGUCUAAGCCUAGAAGAUGAUUAUUGGUCAUGGAAUCCAAAUAGACUUAGUACACUGGAAGCUAAUCAUAUUGCAGACACAAAUGAAUGUGCGCCUACACCUGAUAUCCAACCGAAAUCCAAAACAAUCACAUCACUAUUGAGUAAAAAGAAGAAAUCCCAUCAAAAACAAGAUUUGAUCACUAAACCAAUGACAAAUGGUGAUAAACAAAAGAAUAAAGGCAGAUCCCUCCUCUGUGGUUGUGUAAGUAGAAAAUCGAAGAAACGAUAA